AUGUAAACAGAAUAAUUUUUUUUUGAUUCUUCAAAUACGAAUGAUAAGAAUCAGUGGGUUAAGCUAGACUCUAUCAAGAGACCCAUUUCCACUAUCAGAUUAUUCGAAGGGACCCUAUUCAUGAAAAGCAAGAAACAAGAUGUUUUUAAGCCUAAAUUUUUUAAGUUGUUUUCUGAUAGGCUGAACUUAUAUAAAAAUGGCAGAGAGUAAAAGGAAAUGGCUGCCCUAUUCUUAACAAACGUAUAUUUGGACUUAAGAUUUCUGGGCGAAUAGGAAAAAGAUAAAUUUCCCAUAAUCUUAUUAAACGGAAAUCGAAAGUUGGUGUUGAAUGCUCGGUCUUAGGAAAGCCAGACCAAAUGGAUUGAAUAAUUCAAAAAAACCUGCAUUCUGAACAAUUAUAGGGGGGUCUACACUAAUAUUAAGGUGUUGGGCAAGGGCACCUUUGCAAAGGUUUUAUUAGCUGAAAAAAUAGGAAAUAAAUCCAAAUUCGCUGUUAAGACCUUCCAGAAAUUAGCUUUGAUGGAUAAAACUAAUACUCAACGGUAAGGAUUAUUAAAUGAAAUAAAUUUGUUGAGAUCAUGUGAUCACCCGAAUAUCAUCAAACUGUAUGAGAUUUAUGAAAGUGGAGAUUAUAUUUAUUUAGUUAUGGAGUUGCUGGAGGGAGGGGAAUUAUUUGAUUUAAUACUUGAGACUCCCUAAUUUAUAGAGUCUAAGAUAGCAUUAAUCAUGUUCAAAAUAUUUGAUGCCUUGGAGUAUCUUCAUACGAAGAACAUUAUGCAUAGAGAUAUUAAGCCAGAGAAUAUAUUAUUAAAUGAUAAAUCAGACAAUUUCGAUCUAAAAAUAGCUGACUUUGGCUUAGCAUCCUACACUGAAAGUGAAUUACAAAUCAAAAGAUGUGGCACUCCAGGGUAUGUAGCACCAGAAAUUCUAUAAGAUUAAAAAUAUAAUGAAAAAGUGGAUGUUUUCAGUGCUGGAAUUAUACUCUAUAUAUUACUGACUGGCUAAGCCCCAUUUUAUGGCAACAGUUUAGACGAUGUGAUAGAGAAGAACAGAGCAUGUCAAAUCAAUUUCAAAGAUUUAAAAGUAUCUCAAGAUGCUUUGGAUUUACUGUACAAAACAUUGGAACCAAAUCCCUAGAAUAGAAUUUCCUCUUUGGAAGCCCUCUCUCAUCCCUUUAUCUCUAGAUUAUAUAAAAGAUAAAUUACUAGUAUGGAUGAUAUCCCAUUGGAUGACUUACCCAGUGAUAACUAUAGUGCUUUUGAAAACAUGAAGAAAUUUUGUCAAAACGACAUGAGAUUCAAAGUGUCCAAACUUAAAAAAAAUGAGUUGCUUCAACAGACUCCUUUCAUGGGAACCAGAGAAUAUGACCCAAUCAAAGCAUCCUUUGAUAGCUGGCUAUAUGAAAAAACAAAUGAAAUGGAAUCCAAACAAACUAUACGGACUCCCUAGAUUCAACAACAACAAUCCUCAGGCUCUGAAUUUUCAAUUCUAAGUACUCCUGAAUCAAGAAGAGAUACCUAAAAGUUUAUUCAAUUGAACCCAUUGCAGUAAAUAGCUUAUAAGCAAUCACCUAAUUAAUCGAUAUACUCCCCUAAUAAUUAAUAAAAAGAGUAAAUUCAAAUGAAUUUCAAGAAAGCCAACCAAGUUAGAGAUUAAUUAAAAAAAAUAAGUUUUUGA